CACGUGACUGUUGCUGAUCAACUCUAGUGGAAUUUGCGACCCUAAUGGUUGAUCUCCUCUUACGUAUUCAUGGUAACUUUUCCAGGGAUCGUGUCUAGAUUCAUCCCCGAUGCUAUCGAUCGUUGUAUGGCCUGGUUCUCUCUCAUGUCGGCGAAUAAAGGUCCGAAGACCCCGUAGCGUUCCACCGGUGGCUGGCCCACGGAGAUAUCCUUUUCCGAUCCUUUGUGUAUUGUUCGAACGUUCAGUAAUCUCCUUUCUCCGCCAUAUCCUGAGUCCAGCCCAUCGGCGCUGGACCUGAUCAUGAUCGUCAUGCAUGCGUUCCCCUCUGCCGUCGCGAAUACCCGAUGCAAAAACAGUGCGAAAUGCAGUCAGCCCGCUCAUGAUCACAGCAACGCUGGCUUCGACAUGUAUCAACGAGAAGGUGUAAACAAUGCCAAAUUUCACUCUUCCCUCGCGGUCGCGAAAACCGCUGCCGAUCGAACGCCCCAGGCAGAUUCCGAUCUGGAAAACGUUCAGGCAAAGGAAGCAAAGAAUACGGAUUUUCUGGGUAGUUCGAAGAAGCGAAUUGCGUAGAAGACGUAUUGGAAUCAGGAUGAUCAAUACAUCAGUAGCGACAUCGACGGCCGAACUUGUCCAUCCGAGUUCGCUGACAAAACGAGGCACUGCCAAAAAAUAGCCAGAAAACUCAAUUUGACGGCAGUAAUAGCGGUCCAGGAGAAAAUCAGGAAAAGGUUAUUCCAUUUGAGCAGUUUCGGCAGUGACU